UUAACUAGACCUUUUAUAGUUUCUGGUAAUAGAUCGAGAAUCCUCUACUUGCUACACUUAAACUAGCCUAAUCAAGAGACUCAGGCUGAAUACUAUUGGACUUUCCCAAACUAAAGCUAAAGAGAAAAUUUAAAGCCAUGAAGAGCAUAAUAGAUGUUGAGAAAGCACUGAACAACCUAAAGCAAAGUUUAAAAGCUUUGCAAGUUGUGAGACAGAAGUUCUCCUCUACUGUGAAAUGAUAAAGGAUUUAGAAUACAGCUCCAACAUUGUCUAAAAGAAGAGCUCCCAAAUAUUCAAUAAGUGUCUCAACUUCAAGAGAGUGUCCUAAGGGAUGUUGUUUAUUUGUUACAAUCAAGGUGAGAGCAAGUUAGAGUCCACCUAGAGGUUGAGAUGGCAUGGUUAUGAUUGUUCAAAAAGCUUGGAGUAAAGAAUGAAGCAAGUCAUUUGAAGAUACUUCCCUGACAAAUCAAGAAUAUCGUAUAUAAUUAUAAAUACUUGAUAAAGGCAUCUAAGAAUGCCUAUAGAUUAUUUGAAAACAAGAUAUCUAAAAUAGAGCCUCUCCAUCUAGAUCUCAUGGUGGAGAAAAUCGAGGAAAAAUUGUUCAAAGGAUUCGAUCAGGCCUAUAUUGAAAUUAGCAUGCUAUACAAGAGAGAUGACUUGGAUUUCAUAAAUAUAAUUUCUAUUUGACAAUCUUCUCAGUCACGAUUUGAGCUCUAGCUACAAGAAGCUAGAUGGUAGAAAACAAAAAAUGAAUCAGAGAGCUCCUUAAAUCAAAAGAAAUAACUCAGAGGCUGACAUGCCAUUUUUUGGUGAGUUUACUAUCAACAGGAAGACACUGAAUUCUUAUGAAUGGACAGAAAGGAUAAGCUAGAGAUGAAGCUUAUCUGCACUUUUAAGAUCAAAAUGAGGUUUGUGAUUUCUUACUGCAUUCUCAGGGUAGGAAGAUUGCUAGGAAAAAUUAUAAAUUUUGACCAAGUCAAAUACAAACACUUCUUAUCAGAGCUCUAUCAUAAGCCAAAUGGUGGUGAGAUCUUGGGCUCAGAGAAAACUGCCCAGGUAGAUGACAUUUGUAGAUUCCACAGGACAAAGAUCAUUAAGAAGUUUCUUUUGAUACAAAAGAUGAGAUGAGUGUUCAUUCCUUCAUAUUCACCUGAGGCCAACCCAUGUGUAAAACUAAUCAACUUGAUUAAAAGCAAAAUCAAGACUCUUGUGAAUUAGCAAAGGUAAGCAUUAUACCGAUUCCAUAAUAGGAUAGUUGUCCUCUGGUACAUUCAGGACAUCAUUGACUCUGUAGAAGGUAAGUAUUGAGUUGGAUUCCUCAAACCAUCUUUAGAAAACUAUGGGGCUGCUUGAAGUUGGGAUCGAUUUUGGUGAGGACAUAAUCUCUCACAUCUAAAACUUACAAAAC